AUGCCCCAAUUCCUCCCGCAGGCCGAACGGCGCCCCGUGCCCGGCCAAGCCAUCCCCGUGACGGGGCCUGGUGUGUCGAACGCCCCGAAUGAGGCAUUCGGCCGCAUGGGUCAAGCCGUCGAGGGCCUGGCCCUAGACGCCAUCGCUCAGCAAACGGCCGAGCAGCGGCGCCUCGAACAGGUGGCCGAGGACGCCAACAAGGCCCGCGGGCUGGCCGCGAUGGGCACUGCCAAGGUCCGACUCCACGACUCGAUGCGCUCGCUGUCCGAUCGCAUCCUGCGCGGUGAGGUCGACGGCGUGGCUGCGCUCGGCGAAUGGAACGACACGCAGUCCCAGAUUACUGGCGAGUUGACGAAGGAUCUGCCCGGCCACAUCGCCGAGCGCGUGGGAACGCAGAUCAAGCUCGACGCCAGUGAGCUGGCCAGCACUGGCAUCGGCCGCGCCGUCGAGACCCGGCAGCGGGAGGUCACGCGCGCCGACCUCAGCACGUCGCUCGAAGGGUUCGAGCGCGACGCCCUGACCGACCGCACCAAGGCCGUCACGCUGGCGGGUGCCGCGAUCACGACCCUGGGUGCCUCGGCCGGUUACGGCCCGGACGAUCAGCAGCGGCUGCUGCAGGGCUUCAAGGAAAAGACUGCCGCCAACAUGGCCGAGCAGCGACUGCUGGCCAGCAGCCGCAACCCGGCCGCGCUCGACGCCUUCGAGCAGCAGCUGCGCGGCGAGGACUUCACCGACCUGAGUCCGAACCAGCGCGAGCACUUCGAGGUUCGCAUCGAGAACAAGCGCGCCGCGCUCCAGCAUGCCGCCGAGGUACAGCAGCGCCGGCUCGAAGCCGCCCGAAACCGCCGCCUGACCGAGGCUGAGCACGCCGUGCGCGCCGUCGAGUCCAUCGUCGACGGCGGCGGCAUCGCUGACGAUGCCACGCUCGCCAAGGCGCAGGCCGCCGCCACUGGCACGCCGUGGGCGGACACCGCGAACGGCGACCCCAUGGACCUGAUCCUGCGCGGGCACGAUGCCGUCGCCAGCGGGCGCAUCAAGAAGGACGACGAGCUGACCCGCGGCGAGCGCAUGAAGCUGUCGCGCGAACUCGAUGCCGUCCCCUGGGCGACGCCGAAGGCUCGGGAUGCUGCGAUCGACGCGGCGAGCCUCAUCAUGGACGGCCUGCGCGAUCAGCGCUCGACCGGCACCGCAUCCAGCAGCGACCGCAAGAAGGCCAUGCUGCUGGCCCUCGGCGGCGAGAUCGUCGACCACGGCGACGGCAAGACGGUCGCCCCGCCUGGCUGGACUGAGAACCGAUUCCGGUCUGCGCUGCGCAAGAUCACGGCCGAGGACAUCGCCCGGCAAGCCCCGGGCGGCCUGUCGCUCAAUGGCCAGGCGCUGACGCCUGACGCGCUCGUCAAGGCGCUGCCGUCGGCCCGUAUGGUGCCGCUCGGUCCGUCGCGCUACGCGCUCGACCUGGGCGGCAUCGUGUUGGGUGCGAGCCGUCAGCCCUUCGUAUUCACGCUGGGGGACUGA